AUGACCUACGUCUCAAAUGAUCCCAGUUACUGGCCAUAUAUCGAUGCAAGUAUUUAUUUCAGCUAUUGGAACGUUGCCGCGGGUGUCGUGAUGGUAUACGAUUGGGUGUUAACGCUCGGACAAGAGAUUGAACUCAUCUGGCGUGGUGGGCAACUUGUGCUGACUCCAAAACGUUCUAGAUACGCUAUAUUGGAAUACCGUAUUCUGUUGUUCUGGGUAUGUCUCAUAUGCGCUGUAUUCCAUUUUCCUGACCGGCGGGACACAGAAAUUAUGCCAUCGGUAUCGCUGACAGAUGCAGGGUGUGGGACAAAUGUGGCCUUGACUGCUAUGUUGAGCGUCAUCAUGAUUGCUCGGUUGCAUGCCAUGUAUCAGGGAUCUAGAAAGAUGCUUAUCUUCCUUGCUAUUAUCUUCCUGGCUGUAAACAUCGCCUGCGGAGUAAUCGCGGCAAUAGGACACAACGAUGCUAUACUUGAGGAGUUCAUACUCUCUGGCAUAUAUAUGUGCGGUGACGUACAACGGGGAGACGACCAGCUUUAUAUUUCGAUCAUUUGGAUGCUCAACACUGUUUGGGAGGUCCUCGCAUUGUGCCUUUCAGUCUGGGUUGUUGUAAAACACUUCCGUGAGCUGCGACGACUCGGCCCAUCGACAGGAUCGACCAUCGGGGACUGUUUCAGAGUGCUGAUACAAUCUCACAUUCUUUAUUUUGCAAGUUCGGCACAUGUUAGCGUUGUUAGUGUCUCUUGCCUCCAGCUUGCUGUUCUCUCUCCAGAAAUCUCGAAUUCACAUUCUAUCAGAGCUCGGAUACUCGGAGGUGCUCGUCAAAUUUUAUCGGUCGUGCAGAUGUUUGUACUGGGACCUCGUCUCAUUCUGAGCGUUCGAGAAUACCAUGCCAAACUCGUGGCAUACUCUGACGCAGAAAUUAGUAUGAAUUCGAUUCUUUUCCAGGAGCAUGUCCAGGCAAUCCUAUUUAUUGUUGUAUCACUACUGGAACGAAACACCCGCGCCUGGGCUAAGUGUAAAAGUGCCUUGGCAGCUGAUUCUGCGCGCAAUUUCCUGAUGGAGCGUCUAGCAACCAAGCUGGUCAUCGAUAGCCAAUGUUAA